UCCCCCAACCCAUCCCCGCUUCGCCCACCCGCUCCCACCCCCCACGACCCGUUCGACGAAAUGCCGACGCCGCUGUUCCUCUCGCUCCCCUCGCCGCCGCCGCCGCUCCCGCACCUCCCGCCUGGCCCCAGGCCUCCACAGGCGCUGGCGCUAGCCUGGACGCUGCCGGGCAGGAGGGUUUCUUCCGUCUGCCCCGUCGCCUCCCAGCGCCACUCCGACUACUUCGACCCCCGCGCCCCGCCGCCGCCUCCGCCGCCGCCGCGCGACGGGUACGGGAGUCCGCCGUACUCGUCGCCUCCUGCGGCGCCCGGGACGCAGAAUGGGAGGGUGUUCUCCACGUACAGCAUCUACAAGGGCAAGGCGGCGCUGUCGCUCGACCCCAGGCCGCCGCAGUUCGCGCCGCUCGAUUCUGGGGCUUACAAGGUGGUGAAGGAGGGGUUCGUGCUGCUACAGUUCGCGCCGGCGGUGGCGACCAGGCAGUAUGAUUGGACUCGCAAGCAGGUGUUCUCAUUAUCUGUGUGGGAGAUGGGUAGCUUGCUUACUCUAGGUCCAACUGAUUCUUGUGAGUUCUUCCAUGACCCUUUCAAGGGGAGGAGUGAUGAAGGUAAAGUGCGCAAGGUUUUAAAGGUUGAGCCAACACCAGAUGGCAACAGUCGCUUUUUCAAUCUCAGUGUUCAAAACCGUCUCCUGAACAUUGAUGAGAACAUUUACAUCCCAAUUAGCAAAGGAGAAUUUGCUGUGAUUGUAUCGACUUUCAAUUAUAUCAUACCACAUCUUAUGGGCUGGAGCACGUUUACAAAUUCCAUAAAACCUGAAGAUUCACGGACAUACACUAGGCCACAAUCUGGGCCUGAAUAUGAGUGGCGGAGGUGAUCAAAAGGUGUUUGAAUGAAGAUGACAAUGGUGCUGCUCGCUUUGUUAGAUAGAACUUGGUGCAUAAUUUGGUUCAGCAAUCUCUGAUCUAGUUAGUUAGCGAAGGAACUUUCAGUUCUUGCCUAGAAUUCUUGUCAGAGCAAUCUCUGACAUUUUGAGGGCAAUCACACUGUAACCCAAUCAAGUGUAAGGCCUCCUCCAUCCUUGUCAGGAUGAAAAUCUGACCCCUGGAGACAACCUCCUUGGUGAUUCUUAAACUGCUAAACUACUUGAAUAGUGAAAAAGACCAGGAGUUCAUGCACUUCCUUACGUGAGAUUAUUCUGAUAGUAGCUCUUUGUUGGAGAUACAGUAAGCCGCCUGAAAGCUUU